UCAGCCACAUAAAAGUUACUUGGGAGGCAAAAUCCAAUUUCAAGCUAAUUAGCCACACAGCAUAGCUGUAUGCAGUUUCAUCAUCACACAUGUCCAGGGACACGCACCAAAGGAAUUCCGAAUGCUAAGUGCCAGACUCCUACCCUUUGUAACUGACUUUUCGGGAGCAGGAUCACAAAGACAUUCUUGCUUAUCAGAAAAAGGGAACGUCAUGGAAACAUCAGUCUGAAGCAAAGCUCCAGAAGGGUGGUAACAGCACUCUUGGGAUCUUCAGAGCUCCGCAGUUCAUGUCUAUGAAAUGAAAUUAGUUCAGUGUACUGUUUUCAAAUAUUGGUUUGGUGUAAUAAUAAUUUUCAAGUGUUCUGCCAAUAAUCAACAGAUAAAGUCAACAUCUACCUAAGACCACUUCAGGUGAUUUGUUCCUCAUUUGGAAUUUCUUUCAAGUGCCUUAUCUUUUUAGAAAUCAGUAUCCCAACAUCCAUACAAGAGGUAGAAUACAUAACCAAACAAAAUCUACAGUAAUUUCCUAGAUUGAUAUAUUUCGAUAUUAAAAUUAUGCAGAAAAUUCUGGCACUGGACUGCUAAAAUUUACUUUUGUUAUUAGAACAAAAAAAGGAAAAAGCCUGAUUUUUUUUUUCUACCACAGUGGUGAAAAGGAUGUAGGUGGGGACUAUAAUUGACACUAAUUAUUUGUAGGAAAGGUCAGGGUUACCUUUUACCAACACUGUAAGGCAGCAGAUUAUCUGUCACAUCUCUGGAACACAGUCACGAAUUUGUCAGUGACUAAAGGACAAACAGGCUCUGGCUAGCAAUCAAACCUGGCAACGUUCAACAACACAGCACAGCAGAUGUCUUUUUAAAAUAGGUAAAUGGUAAGGCACUAGAUAGUGUAACGCUAGAUAGCUGUAAUGCUGGAAAAACGUUGAUAAAAGCUACUGUUGAAGCACUUAAUAGGUGACUUGGCAGUAUGAGCUUCUCAACAUUUGAAGAGCUAAAAAGAACAACUAUAUCACAAAAUUCCAACUCAGUUUUGAACUCCCUCAGAAAGUGUUCAGUUUCUACAGGACAUGUUAUUUAAUUUAUUUGAUACAUUGACACCAUUUUGAACAAAAACUGCACAUAAAAGGUGUAAGACAGACAGCUAUGUCAAGAUAUCUGAAAAAUAAAGACAAGAUUGGGUAGUUUAAAAAUAUAUAAUACCUCAAAAAAUUGAGGGGAAUUUUGUCUCAGAGUCUCAGGAAAUACCCUUCUAAAAGUUGAAAAUUAUCAUACCAUAUUACAAUUACAAUUAUUAUUGCUGCUGAAAAAUCCAACCAGAGAUCAGACAUAUUGUUUGAUAACUGAUUUGUUAAUGGGAUACUCAGUGCUCAAGAAAAAUGUUGUUUGUUAUUUAGUAUGUCCCUGGAGAAGUUUAUUGUGCAUUAAGUGAAAUGAAAGCUCCACCACUGAGAUCCUCUUACUGGCUUUUCAGAGAGUGGAGUUUACAGUGAUGAUGCAGCUCAUUUCCAAGAAGCAUUGCCUCAAAUUUUAAUCUCAGAACCACGAGAAUGGAACAAAUCCAUAUGCCCAUGCACUCCUACUUAACAAGUUAGCUUUUCCAAACAAAAUCCAUAAAUGAAAGAGUAACAAAUUCAGUGAGACAUCACUGUAUGUAAUUUUGGCUGUAUAUGUUGUAAUAGCAAAAAGCCCUUGCUUUUAGUGAUUACCAGUCCAUAAUUAAGUGGAUAAACUUAAUGUAUAAACUUAAUUUUUUUGGAGUAGAAAGAGUUCAUUUACAGUUAUGCUAUGCAGUUCUGCAGCAGCCAGUUUAAAUGCCAUCACCUCCAGCUUUUGCCUACAGGUACAUACAUUCAGCAGUCAAAAAAUGCUGAGAGACUGCAGUGGAAAAUCCUGACACCACAACUCUUCUUGAUGCUGAGGGAUGCUACGUACCGGGGAUCAUAACACCCAUCUGGGCAUUUCCAUUCUCUGAAAUUCUUUAAGUAACUCCACAAAAUUUCAUGCCAAAGCAGCAGUUCUGGGGAAAAUUUCUGAUUUCCUCAGAUGUUUCAGGGUCAUGUUUCUAAAAAGGAAUUUUGAUCGGGAAAGAAAUCAAUCACUUGGGCUCUCCAGAUAAUGGUAGUUUUGAUUAGUAAGAAUUUAGACUAGCAAAACAGAGAGAAAGAUAGUUAUACAGACUGGUUGUCCUGGUGCAUAGCAGUUGCCAGCUUUCCUUCCUUUCUUGCCCAAGAACACUACAGAAUUGUGCUGUUCAAGCUUCACAAAGCAGAUCGAACCCUGGCUCCUGGUUUUGCAGUAGUUAGUUAGCAGUAGUUUGCAACAUGAUACUUCCCAAGGGAAACACCAAAACUUUUCUGAGUUCUCCUCAGCAGAGAUAGAAGGAUGUUUGUGAAUCAAUCCAAAAGCAUUUUGAAGCACAAGUGUCAAUAACUGCAACGAGCAAACUGAAAAAAACCGAUUCUGCUUUUAAUUUAUAACUGACCACCUUUAGCUGACAGCACUUUGCUUAGUGUAAGCCACAGGUCUCUCAUGCUUAUCAGGUAGAGUUACUACUUUUAAUUCCAGUGCAACAACACUAAAGCUUAAAAGCAGAAGGGUUGACAAAUCUUUCUGACUGACCACAGGGCAGUGGCCCUGCAUGACACUACUGUUUUCUGACAGGCCUAUACCUUUACCCAUAACUCACUGUAAAUGUCAUGUUUUCAUCUGGUUUUUGCUGAUUGUAUCUGAACAAGAAGCAUGCUAUUACAUCUUCUCUCCUCAAGGAGUGAAAAAGCAGGACAAGAUAUCCUUUCUGAAUAGCUGAUCUUUUAUUUAGGAAUAGAAAGAUGUCUUAGUGCAAAAAAUUAAUAGAAAAACCUGACUUAAAUUCAGAGAAGGCAGCCAGGCUGAUCUAAGUAAUACUCAAUUUACCAGUCCUAUGUAAGGGUUUCACUAGAUGUGCAUAUGUUUGUAUCUACAACAUACUUAUAGCUGUCAGUGUCUGGAACUCAAUUUUAACAUUCAUUCAACCUUUUUUGUGUUUACCUAGCUAAUCAUCUCAAAGCAUCUCAACUUUUCCAGAGCUAAAGAUUUUCAAUGACUUCAAAAUGCCUGAAGCUGAAGAAAACCUGAACAAUGUUAGAGCAAUGAAGAAGCUCUUCAAAGAUAAAAAUACUGCCACUUUUGAGCUUCCCAGACAUAGCCUGUGAUCUGACAUCACACCACUGCCAACCUCUGGUUCCUCCAUCCCUCCACAUGGAGGGUUCGCUGCGGAUGGGGACCCGUGGCUGCCGCUGCUCGGGCGCUCAUCCCGCCGGCUGCCGGAGCCGGCGCCGCCGCUCCCCGCUUCCCUCGGCCGUGCUUUCGGUUUCACUUCUUCCGGCUCUGGGCAGAGUGUUUCCUCACGGUUUUCGUGUGCUGAGAAACUCGUGCAGAGGUGGGAUGCUUCCAGACACAAGGGGAUAAAGCCCGCAGAGAUAGAAUGAUGCAAAACCCUAUUCUUUGGUGGAGCAGCUUAUGUGUCAGACUGAUGUUUGUCUUCUGGCCUUGUGCAUCAGCUGGAAAGCAAUGUCAUAUCCAAAAUGAAAUGGCUGACUGCAGUCACCUAAAGCUGACUCAAAUUCCCUCUGAUCUUCCAAACAAUAUAACGAGUUUGGACAUUUCUCAUAAUCAGCUACGACAGCUAGGUCCUGCAAAUCUGACCAAGUACAGCCAGCUGGUUUACUUGAAUGCAGGCUACAACAGCAUCUCUAAACUGCAACCAGAAUUGUGCCAAAAUGUGCCACUGUUGCAGAUUCUGAAGUUAGAACAUAAUGAAUUGUAUAAGCUCCCUGACAGAGUCUUUGCUUCUUGCACCAACUUGACUGAGCUCAAUCUAGGAUACAACAGACUAAAUAUAAAAAAUGAUCCUUUCAAAACCCUGAAGAACUUGAAUAUUUUAGACCUAUCUCAUAAUUCUUUGAAGUCAGCCAAUUUAGGAUCAGAGCAACAGUUGGAGAAACUCUAUAAGCUCAUGUUGGGGAGCAACCAAAUCACUGAGUUGAAAAAAGAAGACUUCAGUUUUCUUAGCAACACCUCACUGAAUAGUCUUGAUUUGUCAUCAAAUCCACUAGAAGAGUUUCAUAUGGGAUGUUUCCAUACAAUUGGAAAUUUGUGUGGCCUCAUACUGAACAAUGUUCAACUUGGUGAAAAUCGCACAAAGAAACUUUGUACAGAGUUAUCAAACACAGCGAUUCGAAACCUCUCACUGAGCCGUGUGAAACUUUCCUACAUUGGCAAGUCAACUUUCCAGGGACUUCAAGGAACAAAUCUUACAAUUUUAAACCUUUCCCAAAAUUCUCUCUCUGUCGUAGAAGAUGACUCAUUUCAGUGGCUUUCAAGUUUACAAUACUUAAACCUGAAGAUUAAUAAUAUUCAUGUAUCUUCGCGUUUAUUUUAUGGAUUAUCCAGCCUUAAAUAUUUGAAUCUCAUAAACUCAAUUGCUGGGAAAAUUGAAGAUUUUUCUUUUCAUUGGCUAUACCACCUGGAGUACCUUAUAAUGGAUAAUAACAAUUUUCCAGGAAUUACUGCUAACAUGUUCACAGGUCUGAAAAACCUGAAAUAUCUGAGUCUCUGCAACUGCAACAUAAACUUACAAAGAAUUACUGAUAAAACAUUUUCAUCACUUGCUAAUUCUAGCUUACACGUUCUCAACCUCACAAAAACCAGAAUCUCUACCAUAGAAAGUGGGGCAUUUUCUUCCCUGGGACACCUGAAAAUUCUUGAUCUUGGUCUCAAUGAAAUUAGUCAACAGCUUACAGGUCAUGAGUUUAAAGGUCUCAAUAAUAUACAAGAUAUUUAUCUUUCCUAUAAUAAAAACUUGACUUUGCAAAGUGAAUCAUUCAUUUUUGUUCCAGGCCUUAAAAAACUGAUGCUGAGGAAGGUAGGCUGCAGUAAUCUGGCACUUUCUCCUUCACCUUUUCAUCCUCUACGAAACCUGACUGUCCUGGACAUCAGCAAUAACAACAUAGCAAACAUCAAAGAAGACUUGUUUGAUGGACUUGACAAACUUGACAUCCUGGAUUUGCAGCACAAUAAUUUAGCCCGGCUUUGGAAACAUGCAAAUCCGGAUGGCCCUGUUCUUUUUUUAAAGGGUCUUCCCAAUUUGCAAAUUCUUAAUUUAAAAUCAAAUGGGCUUGAUGAAAUUCCAGUUCAGGUUUUCAAGGGUCUGCUUCAAUUAAAACACUUGGAUUUAGGCUCAAACAAUUUGAAUUUGCUUCCAGCAACUCUGUUUGAUAACCAAGCCUCUCUGAAUUCAUUGAACCUUCAGAAAAAUCUGAUAACCUCAGUUGAAGAAAAAGUAUUUGGCCCACCUUUCAAGAGCUUGAGAAGACUAGAGAUGGAUUCCAAUCCCUUUGAUUGUACCUGUGAAAGCAUUGCUUGGUUUGCUGAUUGGCUUAAUGAGACCCAAGCAGAUAUACCUGGACUGAGGUCCCAGUACAUUUGCAACACCCCGCCUAAAUAUCAUGGUAGUCUGGUUUUGUAUUUUGAUAGUUCAGCCUGCAAAGACAGCGCUCCAUUUAAACUUCUUUUUGUGAUCUCUACCAGUAUUGUGACGCUAUUCAUUUUUAUUGUCCUUACUAUCCAUUUUGAAGGGUGGAGAAUAGCUUUCUACUGGAAUAUUUUAGUCAAUCGAAUGCUUGGUUUUAAAGAAUUUGAGAGACAACAAGAGCAGUAUGAUUAUGAUGCCUAUGUUAUUCAUGCAAGAGAGGACAAGAAUUGGGUGUCUAAAAAUUUCAUGUCUCUGGAAGAAAAUAACCACUUUGAAAUUAAGUUCUGUUUAGAAGAACGGGAUUUUGAAGCAGGUGUAUCUGUGUUUGAAGCCACAAUUAACAGCAUAAAAAUGAGCAGGAAGAUUAUUUUUGUUGUGACUGAACACCUUUUACAGGAUCCCUGGUGUAAAAAUUUCAAGGUGUAUCAUGCUCUUCAGCAAGCUAUUGAACAAAGUCGGGACUCCAUCAUACUGAUCUUUCUUGAUGAUAUCCAAGAUUACAAGUUGUAUCAUGCACUUCACCUGAGAAGAGGAAUGUUCAGAUCUCGCUGCAUAUUGAACUGGCCAGCCCAGAAAGAACGAGUCAGUGCAUUUCAUCAGCAAUUAGUGAUGGCACUUAAAUGUAAAAGUAAAGUGCACUGAUUUUUGAACUACAGAUUUGAAUUAUGGGGUCAUUUCAUUGUAUAUUUUCUAACACUGGAAAACUAGCAAGCCUUCACAAAGGUCUGAAAAAGUUUGUCAUCCUGUAAAUAUAUGUAAAGGGCACUAUAAUUUAAA